AUGACCCCAAUGGACCUACAUUGGAGCAACUUGCCAGAGGAACAUAUUGACGUCAGCACUGGAGACGAGUGUACAUUCUCGGCAUUUUCCGCGGCAUGCUUUGCAGGCCAAUCAGAUGUCGUCACGCUACUAUUGAACAAAGGUGCCAAUUGUACCUACAGUCACGUACAUUAUGGCAGGGCUCUUAAUAUAGCUCUGCCCCUAGGUCACCCGGAUAUUGUUCCUAUCCUACUCGAAAACGGCACCGAUGCCAACACCUCAUCUUGCAACUACCUAGAUGUUGUGCUUGCCCUCCUUGAAAGGGGGCAGGUGUCUACUGUAGGCAAGAAGGUCGUGGAGGUAGCCAUAAUCGUCAAAGUCCUCCUCAAGAACGGGGCCGUCGACGUCAAACACGAAUUUUACAAUUUGGCGCCCCACAAAGCAUGCAUGAAGUUCAACCCACCAAAUACAUGCGAUGAUAUCGACCAAUCGCAAAUUGUACUUUCCGAUCCUAACAUCAGAGGCGAAUAUGGUACAGCAAUCGAGGACGCGUCAUUCUCUGGAUAUCAAGUUAUUGUCGAAUUGUUCCCCGAGAACAGAGGUGAUGUCAAUUUGCAAGGCGGAGAGCAGAGCACAGCGCUUCAGAUGGCUGCACGAAAUGGUCAUCGAGAAAUUGUUGCAUUGCUACUCGAUCAUGGAGCCGAUGCCACCAUGAAAAGGGAACUUUAUGACACUGCGCUCGAGGCGGCAACUGAAGUAGGCGAGACAGAGAUUAUAGAGAUGUUAGCUAAGAAGAGUGCCGAGGUUUGA